CAUAGCUUCCAUAUUUCCUUCCAAACAAACAGGUUUGGUGCUGCUAAAAGGUCCUACACUCAUACUAUAUGUUAGCUUAUUAAAAUGUGUGCAUUUACCAAAAUGUGAUUCUUUUUUACCACCGCGUAAAACUAACAGCCGUCCGGAUAUGGUUGAAAGACCUAUUCGAAGACAGUCGGACUGAUAAUGAACAAGAUGCUAUUGAAGAUGCCGAAGAAGUUGCUGAAAACUGCCCACUAUAUAGAGCUGGGCAGAUACCAGAACUGGCCGGUGCUGCUGCCACACAGGAUUCGGUUGUACACCUACGAACAAAUCCCCCUCUUCCUCAAAGAAAACCCCUACAUCACAGACGGCUACAGGGCACACCUGACCUCCAAACUCUGUCUGAAGAGUAUAUUUAUUCUAUCCAAUGAGACUGUGAAUAUCUGGAGCCACCUUCUGGGUUUUGUCCUUUUUUUUUCUCUUGGGGUCAAUGACCUCUCCUCAGUACUACCAGCUGCUGGAGCAAACAGAGAAGACUACAUCAUCUAUGCUACAGGGCUCUUCUGCUUCCAGGUCUGCAUGCUGUGUUCAGUGGGAUACCACCUGUUCUCAUGCCACCGUCUGGAAAAGACGUGCCGCCGCUGGCUGGCGCUGGACUACGCCGGCAUUUCCAUCGGUAUCCUGGGCUGCUACGUUCCUGGGAUCUUCUAUGCUUUCUACUGUAAUGCUUUUUGGCAGCAGGUCUACUUGCUGAUGGUGCUCUCCUUGAUCCUGGCCAUCUUCUGCGCUCAGGUUCACCCUCGUUACCUCAGCAACGACUGGAAAAUGAUCAGGAUGACAAUCUUCUGCUGCGUGGCGGGCGUCGGUGUGAUUCCUGCCUGCCACUGGAUCUGGCUGAGUGAAGGUUUCGCUUCUGAGAUUGUGCAGCUGUUUCUGCCUCGUGUGAUUGUAAUGUACCUGAUAGCUGGAUCUGCAUUCCUGUUCUAUGCCACCAAAAUUCCAGAGCGAUAUUUUCCUGGUCAGGUGAACUACAUCGGCGCCAGCCACCAGCUGUGGCAUGUACUGGUGGUGGUGAUGUUUUACUGGUGGCACCAGACGGCUGUACACAUCAUGGACUUCAGACACAGCCGGCCCUGUCUCAGCCGGACCGCCGGCAGAUAAGUGAACCUCAAAAUGUCACGUCACUUUAAAGCAACCUUCAGUUGUUGCCUUCACCUUUUCUUGCUGUAAGUGCGCGGCGCCUAUGAUGCUGAUGCUGAGUGAUAGACGUUGACCAAUAUUAAAAGCUCUCAGAGUUUUGUGACUGUGGCGUCGCCUUCUGUUUUCACAACAGUGAACAGAAAAUUGACUAUUAGAUCAAUGCAUGAAGCUUUGUUUUAUAGAAACAAACUCAACUUUGAUGGUUUUAAGUGACAUCAUAUUUUACAUUUGAUUAGGUUUUGACUUUUUUUGUGUGUAGAAGUAUUUAAAGAGGGGAUUAUUUGAAUCAAAUCUAACUGCCUGCAUGAAAUCUGCCUUCUUUUGUCUGCAUUUUUUAAAUCUAUUAUCUACUUCUUAUGUUUUAUAAGAACUUUGGGAGGAAAACUAGAAAUAUUGGUUUAACAUCUGAACAGAACGUUUUAUCUCCAUUUUUGGCAUUCACAUGCACAGCUGUAUUUUACCUCUAAACCUUAUUUAUUUCUAAUUUAUCUGCAAUUCUGCUCUGAAUCAACUGGAGCCAGUUUUAUAACAGUCGUGUGAAUUGGAUAACAAAAGACUGAGACAUUUCACACAACUCGGCGCAUAUUCCAAAUGAGACCUUUUUCUGGCGAAGAUGUUAAAAAAUAACGACGUCGUUCCUGACUGUUCUACUAUUUUGCUUCCUUUUCUAAAAAUAAGACGGUCUUAAUUCACACGGACUAAAAAUUUUUAACCAAAUUGCUGAAACUCCCAUAGAGUGCCAGUAGGUGGCGAUAACAUUAACAACACAUGAGAGUGUCUGUUUCAUUUCAGGCAUUAAUGUUUACACCUAUUCACAUGUGAGAAACUUGUAAUCACAAAUGUCUUCUCCUCGUGAGAGCAGAAAUGAAUUUUAUUAGUCAAAUAUGGCUGCACAUUUCCUCUUAAAGUGUCAAAAAUGUGAGAAUUUUUUUUUCCCUCUUUUUUUCUGUGUCUCAUAUAUUCCUUGUGGAAAAACAAAUUAUGUGUGACGGCAUUAUAUCUGAAAGAAUUGUUUUAAUUGCUGUUCUUGUUUUUAUACUACCUCCUUAGAAUAAAUCAUGAGCAACAGAAUCAACCACAGAGCAGGAUGAUCACUGAUAAUCAAGCCAGACUGAUGCUGUAAUUUUUCUUAACUGUUUGGUUUUUCUUUUCACAAUUCAGCUGUAACCUAAUGAACACAACAAUCACUCUAAGUUAAUCACUUAAAUAUGACAUUAUGUGACUAACUCAGCAAGCAGGGCAUGAUGAUAAGAGUCUAUUUUUUUAUUUUCCUCUACUGCCAAGUAUAUGUUGAUGUAAUAUCCUCUGGAUUGUGUGUGCAUGGAGGAAUGUACAAUAUUGAUCUUUAAUAGCAACUGUAAGUUGGAUAACUUCAAAAAGAUCAUUUUAAUUGCAUGUUUGCACUUUAAGUGCAGUUCAAUUAUGUUUAUGCAUGCACCUUAGCUGACCAUCCUUUUGUGUUUUAGUUGCAAACUGAAGAAUAUUUUUUAUAAUUGGUUCAAGUUUUAUCAAGAUUACUGAAAUAACAGAUUAUGAAUGUAAACGACCAAUCAAUAAGAUUAACACAGAAAUAUACCGACGGAGAACCGCAUUGAAAUCUUUACUCUGUUUGAAAAGCUGAUGGACGUUUUGUUGAUUUAAAUCUCGGGGUUUUCACUGUGAUCUGUCUGUACUGAGUUAAACAAAAAUACAAAUACAUCUCAAUCAAAAUACGGACAAAAUCAAAAAGAUCAGGUGUGGAAGAACAUGAUUUGUGUGUCCAGCAGCUUAUUUAUAUGUUCAUCUGCAAGGUAAAUGGAGCCCAGAAGACAAGUAAAAGCCUCUUUGCUUUUGCAAGUAGCAAUUAUAGACUGAUUGGUAUAAAUUGUGAUAAUAUGGACCUCUUACAGAUAAUUGAAUUUACUUUACAGCCUCUAAAAUCCCUUAGUUUCCCCUUUAUAAAACGUGUUUGUUUCCUUAUUGCUGCUUGAAUGAGGCCAGUAGAAAAUGGAAACUACUGUACCUAUGUUCAUUAUUUUUUGUUCUUGCAGAAAAUGAGAUCUGUUGUUAGAACAAGCAUUAAAUGUUUUUAUUUUUGCACAUUUUAGCCCUGUUUGUGUUUCGUUUGCCUUAUCUUUGAGUAACUGUACUGUGUUUUUACUGUUUCUCACAAACCAGAACAAAAUGUUUCUUUAAUUUAAAAAAAACAUGAAAAUGAAUGCACCAUAAAAAGCUCUUACUGCUGCAGACUGCAGAACUGAAUUCAUGGACAGAUAAGUAACUGUCUCCCCAUACAAUGCAACAUUUUUCUUGAAUGUUCUCUUGUGUGUUUAUGUUUUCCUUGUGCUAUUAUGAUGAUAAAAGCACUGACCAAUGAGAUGAGUUGAACAUUUGUUUCAUUUCAUCUGUGAAAAGAUAUUUUUGAACAUUUGAGCAAAUAAAGUGCUAAAGAA